CUCAACAGCUGACGGUCGACAAGGAGGCCUCCUCUCUCUCCCUUCAGUACACAUACACACAGAAAGAGAGAGAGGGCUGAACAAAAUCAGGGCAACAAUCAGUUGACCCCCUUUCGUACCACAGAGACACAGAUCCCGGGGAGAGUCAACAAGCCACGGUGGGACGUUGCUGUAGACCGUGCAGGAGCGGAACCCGACACAGGAAGCUGGUCAGAAGGGGGGACUAUCAGAGGAUUUUUCUCAGCACACCCAACUCCCAGAACUUGUUCCAUACCUGAGUGAAACUCACCGCCGGCACCAUGCAAAAGAAGACGAAGCUGAAGCUCACCAUCUUCUGCCUGGUGGUGGGCAUGUUCUGCAUGUUCACCGCCGUCGUGUCGGACCACUGGGCCGUAUUGAGCCCCAAGGUGACGGAGGUCAAUAGCACAUGCGAGGCGGCCCACUUUGGUCUCUGGAGGCUGUGCAAGAAAAACCUCUACAUCACAGAUGUGGAGAGAAUCGGCCAUAGUUGUGGCCCCAUCAGCCUACCGGGAGAGCACAACUGCACUUACUUUAGGCACUUCACCCCAGGAGAGGAAUCUGAAGUUCUUGACAUGACGACCCAGAGAGAGUACAGCAUCUCAGCGGCUGCCAUCGCUAUCUUCAGUGUGGCCUUCAUGAUCCUCGGGACGAUCUGUGCUAUCGCAGCCCUGGCCCAGGGCCAGGACUACAUUUACAAGCCAGCAGGGAUGUUCUACGCAUUCGCAGGCCUCUGCGCCAUCAUCUCGGUGGAGGUGAUGCGUCAGUCGGUGAAGCGGAUGAUUGACAGCAGGGAGACGAUCUGGAUCGAGUACUACUACUCUUGGUCGUUCGCCUGCGCCGUCAGCGGUUGCAUCCUGCUGUUUGUGUGCGGCCUGGGCCUGCUACUCCUCGCCAUGCCCCAGAUGCCACGCAACCCCUGGGAGUCGUGCAUGGACUCCGAGCCGGAGCAGAUGGAGUGACACCUGAGGGACCUCAGUGGGCGGAAACACCACCACGGAGUGUUCUUUUUUUUUACACACCAAGAAUAAAAGAACUUACUUUUACAGUGAGACAUACUAGAGAGUCCCCAGAAGAGCUUAUGGGCAGUGGCUGUGUGCAUUGGCUCAUCAUGAUAACAAUCAAUGUAAAUGUGCCCUAUUGUCCUAUGGUCCUUCAAACAGUUACAUCAACAGCAAUGACAUACUUUUGUAUUUGUUGUAUUUAUUUGGCAUGUUAUACAUUUGCUGUGCCAUAUCUUAUAUCCAUGUAAAAACACUUGUAGCUUGACCAACAAGAAGCUUUUAAAUGGUUAAAACAGCACCUCAACCACACCACAUGGUGUAAGUGUCUAUUAGAACCUUAAAAAAAAAUAACCACAGCUAUAAAACACAACAGAUGAAAAAGUGUCUGUAAACAUGUGAAUCACAAAAGGCAAACCAAGAACUCAUUUUGAUUCCCAUCACACACACACCACUGUCUUAAACUGUGAUGACUCCAAAACAAAAACACUUUUUUUUUUUUACAGAUCCACGUAAUCCAUCACGCAUGAUGCCAGGGCAAACUCACAGGCAGAAAUGAUGGGGAAAUGGUAUAGUGUGUGCCGGCUGUGGCGGGCCCUGCUCUCCUCUCCUCUGCUCUGCUCUGCUCGGGGAAGCAUGGGCCCGUUGUUCCCCUGCGUGGGCACUUGGGCAGAAUGCUAAUGCCCUGCGCAGUCCUGAAUGCUGAUGCCCUGCAGACAGACCCUGGAGAGGCUUCAGCAUGAGCAGGUGCAAAAAAAAAAAACAGCCAUCAUACAAGGGCUCCCUUGGUACACAACCAAAAAAAACACCGCCUUAGUCAUGAUCUAUCACACGUACUGCUCAAAAAAAAUCGUUUUAAAAAUAUGUAUAUUCUGUUUCUUUUUCUUCUUGUUUCUUUUCUUGUUGUUUUGUAACAUGCAGGGUUUUUAGUGAUCUAGUUUGAAUAUUUCCUUAAACAAAUACUUUUAAGAGUUUAUAAACCGAGCCAGAUUUUCUACUUAGAUAGACUAAACAGUGCCCCUGCUGCCUCCGGGUCUUAUGUCUCCGAGUCCUGUUCUGCUUGACCACACAUUGCCCGCUGGUCCAUGCCACAGAACGCUCAAGCUUCGACCCAGCUGAAGUGGGCAGGGACAAUCAACCCCCCACUGGGCUUGAGAUUUCGUUUGUUAUGAAUGACGUUUCGGUUGUUUAAAAAAGCAGACUAUUUAUUAAGCCCAAUUUUGAUACAUAAAUAUUGUAGAGCUGCGAGAGUAAUGCAUAGAGAGUCUUCUCUGUCCGCUGAAAUGGCCUCCAGCUCAUUUUCUGGCUUUUCCAGGACUGAUAAAUUACUUGGUUUGUUAAACAGAGUGGCUUUGUAUAAAAACAUGCUACUAUGUACAUACACAACAUCUGUAUAUUGUGUGUUAAAAACAAGAUACACACACACACAAACAUGUAUACACACAGCUAAAGGAAUGCCUUGGUAAAAAAAGCCUAUCAUAUAGUAACGUUCAUUCGAAAAGACGGCUGUUUGAACACAUGCUGUGUGGAAGAUGGGCUUUGGAGAGGACUGUGUACUGAAGUAGAUGCUUAUUUGUUGCUGUCUCUGUAAUCAGCUAAAGCUUCUUUUUGCACACACAUACACACACUAACACACACACACACACACACACACACACACAAACACACACACACACACACACACACACAAACACACACACACACACACACAUCACACAAAUCAGUCAGAUGUGUGCUUCUUUUUGCAUGCCAUAACAGCCAAAUCAGUCAGACGUGUGCUUGCUCUGAUGUAAUGUAAUGGUGCCCUUACAUGUAUUCUUAAUGACAAUAAAGACACUGGCAGCAGACUUUCAGAGAGCCGUCACCUCACAGUGAUAGUGAUUGCGAACCCUC